CUUGUUUCACUUCCUUUCAAAUUCUUUAUCGUCCGAUGUGAUUCUCAGACAUCGAAAUUUAGUGCAAGCGCUAAGCACGCUUUUGACGAUGGGUCUCCUUUCUGAUGUUAUUGACCACGUCCUGCCUCAAACUUCCCUGGGAUGGGCCGCUCUUAUACUCGCAUCUUUUACUCUCUAUUCUGUCCAGCUGGUCGUGAGGCGGCUCUACUUCCAUCCUCUAGCCAAGAUACCCGGACCAUUCCUAGCGCGGACGACGUACUGGUAUGAGUUCUAUCAAGACAUAAUUCUGGGUGGCAUUUAUGUCAAGAAUUAUGCCGCACUCCACGAAAAAUAUGGACCUGUCAUCAGAGCCAGCCCAGAUCGGGUUCACGUCAGUGACCCUGACUUCUUCCACGAGGUCUACUCCUCUGGGUCCAAGUACAUGAAGGAUCCUGCGUUUUUCCAGGCGGCUGGAGGUAUUCCCGAGGCUCUUCCUGCCAUUGUCGAUGUCGAAUACCACAAGCGCCGGAGAAAGCUCAUCAACGACUUGUUCUCUGCCAAGUCCAUGGAAGCGCUUUCUCAUCUCGUCCUGAAGGUCGUCCAGAACGCACUCAGCAAGGCCCACGAGCACCACGAUCAGAACAAAGUCCUGGACAUCCAGCGUCUCUACACCGGCAUCACGAUCGAUACUAUCAUGCAAGUCCUAUGCGACCGAACACUCAACUUCAUCGACGCCAAGGAAGAGGAGGAGCCACCGUUCCUUGCCACCCUGCGCACUUUCUCCGAGAAUUUCUUCCUCUUGAAGCACUUCCCCAUCCUCAUUUGGAUGGCGCUGAACAUUCCCAAGAACAUUGCCAUGAAACUGAUCCCAGGUGAGUUCGAAUUUCGAGCCAGUAUCAACCAGUGGAUACGUGAUCGCGCUAGCGAGCAUGAGCUCGGUGUGGAGAAAGCCGAGGAUGGCCGCAAGACCGUCAUCGAUCUCCUGUUGCGACCCGAGGACGGCGGGAGGCCCCUCACCCAUCAAGCUGUAGAGGAUGAAACCUACUCGUUUGCUUUUGCCGGAACCCACACUACCAGUCACACCAUGAGCAUGGGCACCUAUUACCUGCUGAGCCAACCGGCCAAGCUCCAGAAGCUCCGUGACGAACUCAAACCUAUCCCCAAGAACGACCAAGGCCUGUACGAGUACAAGACUGUCCGAUCUCUUCCAUACUUGAACGCCUGCAUCAAGGAGUCUCUCCGCAUGUCUUCGCCGGUACCAGGUAUUCUUCCCCGUCUUGUGCCCGCGGGUGGCAUGACGUGGCAGGGUCAUUACCUGCCUGCAGGGACCUCCGUUUCUAGUUCGAUCCACUCUGUUCACACCAAUCCUGACAUCUUCCCCAACCCCGACCAGUUCAUUCCCGAGCGUUGGUUGGCCAACGAGAACUUGGACCACUACCUCGUUGUCUUCGGCAAGGGCUCCCGUGCCUGCAUCGGCCUCAACGUCGCUUGGAUGGAGACCUACCUCACCUUCUCUAACUUCUUCACCUCGCUGAACAUGAGCUUGUACGAGACGAACGAGCAAUCUACGGACUGGACCGACUGCGGCAACGCUAUGAUUAAGAAGCAUGUCAGAGUCAAAGUUGACUCUUUUGCGUCGUAGUAAAUCAUUGAUCAAGAAUACAAGAGAAUAUAGGAUAUAGAUAGUAUAGUUAAAAAUUGAAAAAGAUUAGAUUGGCUCUGUUUGAUUAAGAACUCCUGGCCUUCAGUGAGUAUCAAGGCGAUAGUGAUGAUCAUACUGUAUAUAAAUUCGUUAGAGAUUUUUGUCCUUCGCUACUAGUGCCGCACAAUACCUAUCCACAAGAUAUUCAC